AUGCCUUCAACAGAUAAAUAUGAUGAUGUAGUUGGUUUGGUCGAUGUCAAAGACUAUGCGCCCAGUACCAGGAGUGAUAGUCUCGCAGCUCACCCAUCUCGACUUUCAUAUGAAGAAAAGGGCGCUCAAGUAUCUCACUACGAGCACAAUUUGCCGGCCGUCGAUGGAGGAAUGCAAGCAUGGCUAUUCUUGACAGCGUCAACUGUGCUUGAGGCCCUAGUCUGGGGCUGGGCGGAUGCCUUUGGGAUUUUCCAGGACUAUUACAGCGUACACGAACCAUUUAAAGUAUCUGAGAAUAUCGCCGUUAUUGGGACAUGCGGAAUGGGUAUUGCAUACCUGAUCGCCCCUUUGGCUAUCGUAUUCAUGAUUAUCGUUCCCCGUCUCGCCCGUUGGGUAUCGACUAUAGGAGUUGUAAUUAUGUGUCUGUCGCUUGCAUUGGGUUCUUUUGCUCAGAAUGUAACGCACCUGAUUCUGACCCAAGGGGUCAUUUUUGGGAUUGGUGGCUGUCUUGCUUAUACGCCAUCGAUCCUCUUCAUGUCUGAGUGGUUUGUCACGAAGAAAGGCCUCGCCUUUGGCAUUGUAUGGGCCGGCUCCGGAAUAUCAGGCGUGAUGUUCCCACCGAUCAUUGAGUGGCUACUGGACCAAUAUGGGUUCAAAACCACCCUAAGGGUCGCGGCAGCAGUUCUUUUCAUUCUAUCCGCUCCGUUCCUGUACUUUCAUAAACCCCGUCUGCCAGUCUCGAAGGAUGUCCGACAUGACCGACUCAAUUUCCACUUCCUAUACAACAAGGUAUAUCUCAUUUAUCAGCUUGGAAACACCGUCGAGGCGCUAGGAUACUUCCUACCAACAAUUUACCUGCCGAUGUACGCUCGCAGUCUGGGUGCCAACGAGUUUUUAAGCUCGCUGACGGUGGCCCUCGUAAACCUUGCAUCUGUCUUCGGCUCUGUACUCGCCGGGUUUCUGUCUGACCGCUACCAUGUCACCACCGUCAUCUUGAUAUCCACCGUCGGCACAGUUCUGUCCGUGUUUCUUGGUUGGGGAUUUGCCGUUACUGUUCCGGCUCUGUAUGUCUUCUGCGUGGCCUACGGUCUCCUUGCGGGUGGGUUUUCUUCGACGUGGUCGGGGAUGGCAACUGAGAUACACAAGGCCAACCCCCUUGCGGACGCAACUGUCAUCUUCCCAUUCAUGGAGACCGGCCGGGGAAUUGGAAAUAUUGCCAGUGGUCCACUUAGUGAAGCGCUGGUCAGAGUGGAUAAUUGGAAAGGCCACGCAUGGGGAACGUACGGGAGUGGGUAUGGUGCGCUUGUGGUCUGUACAGGAGCGACCGCACUUGUCGGCGGCGUGGCAGUGGUGGCGCGAAAGCUCAGAUGGCUAUGA